UCCCGGGCCGAGGGGCGCCCCGCGGUGCAGGCCGGGCCAAUCAGCGGGCGCGGGGCGGGCGCGGUGGCUUUGCACGCGCCGAGCGCUAAGCGGAGCAGAGGCGCUGCUGCCGUCCGUCCGGGAGCCGGCCAUGCCGCCUUUGCCGCUGCUGCUCCUGCUGCUACCGUCACUGACCCGGGGCCUCGGGCUCCGUGACACGGGCAGACGACAGCCAGAGUGCGGCCCGUGCCGGCUGGAUCGCUGCCCGGUGCCCUCGCCCUGCCCGGCGCCCUGGAUCGCCGCGCGCGACGAGUGCGGCUGCUGCUCACGCUGCCUGGGCACCGAGGGCGCGAGCUGCGGGGGACGGGUGGGCGCACGCUGUGGCCCCGGCCUGGUGUGUGCGAGUCGCGCCGCCGGGACGGCGCCCGAGGGCACCGGGCUCUGCGUGUGCGCUCAGCGCGGCACGGUCUGCGGCUCCGACGGCCGCUCCUACUCCAGCAUCUGUGCGCUACGUCUGCGUGCCCGGCACGCACCCCGUGUGCACCCUGGCCACCUACACAAGGCACGGGAUGGCCCCUGCGAGUUCGCUCCCAUGAUCCUCAUGCCACCUCGAGAUGCUCACAACGUCACUGGGGCUCAAGUGUUCCUUUCAUGUGAGGUGAAGGCUGUGCCCACCCCAGUCAUCACCUGGAAGAAGGUUGUGGGUUCUCCUGAGGGCACUGAGGGGUUGGAGGAGUUGCCCGGAGACCAUGUCAAUAUAGCUGUCCAGGUGCGUGGCGGACCUUCUGACCAUGAGACCACAUCCUGGAUUUUGAUCAAUCCUCUGAGGAAAGAAGAUGAGGGAGUGUACCACUGUCAUGCCGCCAAUGCCAUUGGAGAGGCCCAGUCCCACAGCACGGUGACAGUCCUCGAUCUGAGCAGAUACAAAAGCCUCCACUCCCCAAUUCCAGCCGACCUCCUAUGAGGAGCAUGGUACACAUCCCAAGUCAUUCCUA